AUGGCUAAUGUAUUCAUUUGUUGCCUGUUUAUACUACUGACAAUUUUACCAUUGGAGAUAGCAGGAUGUGAAGAUCAAUUGGUGGAAAUACCGGGCAGAGAUGAUGUUGAACACAUACAAGCUCCUGGAUAUCCUGAAAACUAUCCACCAUUACAAGAAUGUAAAUAUUCUAUUAUAGGAAAAGAAGGUUACAAGGUUCGAGUUGAGUUUGAAGAGUUCUAUCUGGAAAGGCGUUCGAAUAGUAUUUGUUUCUAUGACUAUGUAGAAUUUUUUGAUGGAGCCUCCGAGGAGGAUCAUCAUCUUGGUCGUUUCUGUGAUCAAACAUUCCCAUCGCCGGUGGUUUCUACAACAAAUAAAAUGCUGAUAAUAUUCGUGAGUGAUGAUGCAAUUGAACCAGGGACAUUCGUGGCCAGAAUAGAGAAUGUUCCAUUAACUUAUCAAGAACCCUAUGAGAUUGGUGAGUGUGGCGGAUUAUUAACAGACACGCAGGGCGUCUUCAGUUCACCCGGGUAUCCCUAUGGUUAUGAAGAAAAUGAAUUUUGCAUAUUUACAAUCACCGUGGAUACUGGAAAAACAAUAGAGCUCCACUUCACGACCUUUGACAUUGAGAGCCAUCCUUACUGUGAGUUUGACUUUAUUGAGGUAAUUGAUGGUAGAGAUAUCGUAAAUUCACCUGUUAUUGGUACAUAUUGUGGUGGUUCGUCAAAUAAACCUCCCCAGAUUAUGUCAUCCACCGGCAACUCCAUGAUGGUCCUGUUCAGUUCAGAUAUAUCUUUGCACUAUGAAGGUUUCUAUGCAGAAUAUGCAAUCAGUGAAAUCGGAUUUCCAGAUUUGCCACCUCCUGGUGCUUCGCCAUCAUCGCAAAAGAUCUCAGUUUGUGAUAUAUCCCGAGCUAUUGUAACCGACCGAGGCGGUGUUAUUGUAUCCCAUGAGAAUUACCCCGAUGGGCAGUAUCCAAACUUUGCUCAGUGCAUAAUGGUCAUUAUUGGCAGUAGAAUGUUUGAGAAAGUCUACUUGUCAUUUAAGACUGUAGAUCUUCAACCAACACAAGAUGGGGCUUGUCAGCCAGGGACAGGUGACUACAUAGAAAUAGUGGAUGGUGAUCGUAGUCUCUUCAAUCCAACCUUGCUUGGAAGACUUUGUGCUGGACAAGAAGAAUCGUUUGUGUCUGGAUUUAUGUAUUUACAGUUAAACUUUGUUACUGACCGGGCAGCGACAGAGGAUCAUACUGGAUUUGAAGCUGUCUUUACUGUAUUUUAUGAAGAUACAUUUGGCUGUGAGACUGGUGAUUUUCAAUGUCGAAAUGAUCGUUGUAUUGCUGAUUACUUGGUGUGUGAUGGUUACAACCAUUGUGGUGACAACACAGAUGAAGAUACAGGAUGUGGACUUGCAGAGACAGAUGAUCCAGAUUAUGACCGGAAUCGUCAAAGUAAUCAUAAAGAUAGCAAGGGAGGUUUGAAAGUUGGUUUAACCGUUGGAAUAAGCGUAGCUGUUGGGGCUAUUAUCAUGGCGUCAUCCUGUCUUGUUGCUAUCAAAUGUUACUCCAAGAAAUCUCAACGUACACUGUCUACGUCUCGGUUAACAAACAUCGCUGUAACUGAGUGCCCGGAAAUAUCAGAACCAACGAUGGGACAUGACAACCCAUUGUAUCAAAGAGAAGGAGAACAAGCACCACCAGUUCCACCAAAAUACUCUGAAAUUGACAUGUCACCGCCGAUACAACAACCUGCUAACAACUUUUUCAGUCCAGCACCAUUGUCUCCAAUCGAACCAUUCAGUGCUACAGGAAAUGAUACUUCAGCUCCUCCACUUGAACAAAAAGAUGCAUCUUUACUGCAGAGUGAUCAUGUUCCUUUGUCUCCACCAAGUCAACCAUUACCAUCCUUGGGUGACAGCACUGUUACUCAGCCCUCGUUGAGAGGUGCUAACCAGCCUUUACCACCACUUGGGGGUGCCCCUUUAAGUGUUGACUUGCCCUCUCGUGAGGUAUUGUAUAAUAAUAACAUUGCUACGAUUCAUGGGGCGGAGAACCUACCCCCAUUGAGGGGACCAGGAAGGUUACCACCACUUGGAAAUAUUCCUCCCCUCCCACAUUCUGAUGCAUGA